AUGGCGCCGUGGGCACAACUAGCUCUAGUCACUCUUUUGAUACCGCAGAUUUUGGCUUCUCCAGUGCCAGAAGAAUCGGAUUCGACUACACACUUGCAUGUCAGAGCGGCAGAAGGCUAUGAAUCGCCGCCGUAUUAUCCCACUCCUCCGGGAGGCUGGGUCCCCGAUUGGACCGAAGCCUACUCCAAGGCGCACCGCAUAGUCAGCAACAUGACGCUGGCCGAGAAGGUCAACUUGACGACCGGCACUGGAUUUUUCAUGGGACCUUGCGUGGGACAGACUGGCAGUGUUUCUCGUUUCGGUAUACCCAACCUGUGCCUCCAAGAUGGUCCGUUGGGCGUUCGCAGUACGGAUCACAACACUGCUUUCCCGCCUGGGAUCUCAGUUGGCGCGACCUUCAACAAGGAUCUCAUGUACGAGCGAGGUGUUGGACUCGGCGAAGAGGCUCGUGGAAAGGGUGUCAAUGUACUUCUGGGACCAUCCGUGGGAGCACUCGGACGCAAGCCACGCGGUGGACGUAAUUGGGAAGGCUUCGGCUCUGAUCCCACUCUGCAGGCCAUUGGUGGUGCGCAAACGAUCAAGGGCAUACAGAGCACCGGUGCAAUGGCUGCCCUGAAGCAUUACAUUGGUAAUGAGCAGGAACAGAACCGUAUGAGCAGUAUCGUUACCAAGGGGUACUCAUCUAAUAUCGACGAUCGUACAUUGCACGAAUUGUAUCUGUGGCCCUUUGCCGAGGGGGUUCGUGCGGGUGUAGGCUCCUUGAUGACAGCGUACAAUGAUGUUAAUAGCUCUGCGUGUUCUCAGAAUAGCAAGAUGCUCAACGGUAUUCUCAAGGAUGAGCUUGGCUUCCAGGGCUUCGUGAUGACAGAUUGGCUGGGCCAUUACUCUGGAGUUGCAUCUGCCCUCGCCGGUCUGGAUAUGUCUAUGCCUGGUGAUGGAGCAAUUCCGUUGUUUGAGACUUCGUACUGGGGCUCAGCGCUGUCGCGCUCGGUCCUGAAUGGAAGUGUCCCUGUGGACCGCCUUAACGAUAUGGUUACACGCAUUGUCGCCGCUUGGUAUAAACUUGGGCAGGACAAGGACUAUCCUUUGCCAAACUUCUCAUCCAACACCAAGAAUGAGAAGGGUUUGAUUUACCCGGGAGCUGUCAUCUCCCCAAUUGGUGUCGUGAACCAGUUCGUCGAUGUGACGGCGGAUCACAAUAUUACCGCAAGAGCUGUUGCACGGGAGGCAAUCACUUUGCUGAAGAAUGACAUGGAUAUUCUCCCUCUUCGCCGCAACGAUUCGCUAAAGGUAUUCGGUACAGAUGCAGGUGGAAACCCGAAGGGUCUCAACUCAUGUGGUAAUGCAGGUUGCAACAAGGGCGUUCUGACCAUGGGAUGGGGCAGCGGCACCGCCAAUUUGCCCUAUCUCGUCACACCUCAGGAGGCAAUCGCCAAUAUCACCGACAAUGUGGAGUUCUAUAUCCAGGAUAAAUUCCCGAAGAGCGUCACCUCGAAUGCCGAUGAUAUUGCUCUUGUGUUUAUAAACGCCGACUCGGGUGAGAACUUCAUCACUGUUGAAGGAAACCCGGGUGAUAGAACCAAAGCCGGUCUCAAUGCCUGGCACAAUGGCGAUGAUCUCGUCAAAUCCGCAGCAGAGAAGUUCUCCAACGUGGUGGUCAUCAUUCACACCGUCGGGCCCAUCCUGAUGGAAAAGUGGAUAGAACUCAAGUCUGUCAAGGCCGUAGUCGUGGCACACCUCCCCGGACAAGAAGCUGGCACCUCUCUCACCGACGUCCUUUUUGGCGACUACAGUCCCAGCGGCCACAUGCCAUACACCAUUCCCCGUAGCGAGGACGACUAUCCAGAAAGCGUUGGCCUCGACAGCCAACUAUUUGGCCAAAUCCAGGAUACCUUCACCGAAGGACUGUACAUUGACUACCGCCACUUCCUCAAAGCCAACAUCACCCCCCCGCUAUCCAUUCGGCCACGGUCUCCGUCCCUGUCAGCCGAACACCCCCUGGACACAGCGUACCCACGCGCAAGACCCACGAAGCCCCCCACCCCAACAUACAACACCACAAUCCCCGCCGCAGAGGAAGUCGCCUGGUCCUCCACCAAGCUCCACCGCAUCUGGCGCUACCUCUACCCCUACCUGCUCAAGCCGCAGUGGAUCAAAUCGGCAAAGGCAUACCCCUACCCCGAUGGCUACAGCACCGAGCCACACGCCGUUCCUCGUGCUGGAGGCGGCGAGGGCGGAAACCCCGCUCUCUUCGAGACUGUCUUCUCGGUCAAGGUGCAGGUCAAGAAUACGGGUAAACGGACGGGCAAGGCUGUUGCUCAGCUGUAUGUCGAGCUUCCGGAUAGUCUCGGUCUGGAUACGCCGGCUUUGCAGCUUCGUCAGUUUGAGAAGACGAAGGAGUUGGCGCCGGGCCAGAAUGAGACGCUUACGCUGGAGAUUACACGGAAGGAUGUGAGUGUUUGGGAUGUUGUUGUGCAGGAUUGGAAGGCUCCUGUCAAUGGGGAGGGCAUUAAGUUCUGGGUUGGUAAUAGUGUUGCUGAUCUGCCUGUUGUUUGUGUGGUUGGAGGGGAGUGUUCGGCUGAGUAG